AUGGCCUUUACAACUCCGACUCGUAAACGACCAAGUGAUGUCCAGGACGCUGCUGUCGAAGAGGAAGUUCUUAUACGCCAGCUGUUACGUGAUCUUAAAGUUGAUACAGGUGACGUUAUUCUAUUUAAUCGCUCAUGCGUGUCCAUGGGACCUUAUGGCGGUGCAAUCUGCGUCUGUGCCAAGUUUUUCGGUCAGACGCAGUGGGACCACAAUGGCGUCGUGGUGCGUGCUCCAUGGCUGACACCAGACGCCAAAUCACCUGAGGAUGAACUCUUUCUGCUUGAAGCAGCGCUCACAGGCGUCAAAUUACGGCCACUUGUAGCUCGAGUAGUGCUUAGCCGCGGAUAUGAUGUCGCUGUACGUAAGCUGCAGAACAUACCCACACGAAUCGCUCGCGAACGAAUUUUCGCAGCUUUGGUAGCUACGAAAAAAGAACGUGCGCGUCUGGACGCAGAGCUGGCUCAUCGCGACAAAAUGCCAGUAUUUGAAAGAAAAGCGCUGCAGCAAGAGUUACAGACCGUGAAUGAACGAUAUCAAGCCUUGGCGUCAGAGCUUGGAGGUCGAACUCGCUCUGUAUUUGAGAACGCCGUCGUGGAGGGAGACGACGUGAAAAGUACGAAAAUGUUCUGUUCGCAGUUAGUUGCUGGAAUGUAUCAAUAUUUGGGCUUAUUGCUACCAUAUCCGUCUGCGAAAUCAUACUUGCCGAAACACUUUAGUGAGCGCGAUGGCGGUAACUUUUUGAAAUUGCAACAAGGGGCAAGUUUCUUGCCAGAAGUUUCGUUGAGAAAAGAGCUUGUCAAAGAGACUAAACGAGUUGCUAUGCGAAUUCUGGAAGCUAAUGAACGUGGACCUCGCACUGGAACGGAAACAGCGGCGAUCGUGCAUUGCUUGCGUCGGCAUCAUUUGUUUCAUACGUUGAGUGAACCAGAGCUGCUAAGUGCUGCAUUGCACUUUCGACGCCGUGUACUAACCAAAGGAGAGGUCGUAUUUUUUCAAGGAGCUCCAGGAGACUGUUUUAACAUCAUCGAGCGUGGAAACUGCGAUGUCUUUGUCGACUAUGAUCAUCUUUCAGAAACAAAGACUGCACUCGAAGCUGAUGAAGGUUCCAAGCCGGAAUUCAAGCGACGUACACAGCUUCAAAAACGCAAAACAAUUGCGUUACCUGAAUUUCAAUCGUCGUCAAAACUUGUUGGUCAUAAUGAGCAUGUUCUUGUCGCCACUCACGGACCCGGGAAUGCUUUUGGUGACUCGGCUCUUGUAUAUGACACCCCGCGACGUGCGACAAUCCAAGCAAAUGCAUUCACUUCGGGCGACAGUAACGAGGCAGUUGUAUUAUGGCAACUAGACAAACAAAAAUUUCGUGAAAUUCUGGCUUGUCAUCCAAGUAGCCAGCAGUCAAUGGAAGAGCGUCGAUUUUUGUUAAAAGCAUUGAAAGACCAUCCUCUAUUUACAGAGCUUGAUGAUCGGGCCAAGGCACACGCUGUACGCAAGUUCUUUCCGCUUAAAGUGCGAGCAGGAACGACCAUUUUGCGGCAAGGGGACCCGGGUGACUAUUUCUAUGUAGUCGAAAGCGGUCGUUGCGAGGUAACACGUUGGAAGCCAAAAGCAACAAAACCGUUUGUAGACCGUGUCAUCGGUCGCGGCGCGAGCUUUGGUGAAGCUGCUCUGCUAUACAAUAGCCGUCGUGGCGCCUCGGUGAAAGCUCUGGACGAUGUCAAGGUUUGGUGUAUGGAUCGUGUCAGCUUUCAUACCAUUACGCGCAGUGGAUCAACAGCAUUAUACAGAUUAUUCAAAAGAGUGGGCCAAACCGUUGUGUCCGGUUCAAGUGAAAGUUUUGCGACGGAACGUGAUUUGCGUCGAAUGCUUCGGAAUCCACAGCAUCUGCAGUCGGAUAUACAUAGUGCAAAUGAUAACAAUGAGAUUCCCGGAAACGCUGCUGUGCUGCUGCCAUCAGCACAAGCUUACGAUCGUGCAAUUCGAGUCGCGCUGUCGCUGUUACUAAAUGAUCCGUCUGGACUUGUAAACUUCUCCCAAUUUGCACAUUUUCAUAUUGCACUAGGCGCGUCAAAUCUUGAUCACUUUCUUCCAGAAGCUGCGUUUCGCGUGCUGAAGUCGGUGACAAGCUUUAACGACGAGACUAAGUCGCAUGUACCAGUAUCGUCUGAUCUACCUGUCGAACAGGAUUAUAAUGAUCAAGCUGCUGUAAGACUGAAUGAUUUACCGCGUGCAAUUCGUCAGUACGUGUCUACGAGUGAGGCCGUAGGCUCUACUUUUAAAACCCUAGAGACAUCAAUCUCCAUGACACCUGAACGCUUGGCGUUUUACGAACGCAUGUUUGACUUACCUAAGCACCAGUUUGGAGACCAGUACGUGACGCAUGACGAUUUGGUACGAGGAAUUGCUGCAUUUGAAGUGGAGGAUGCGUCAUCAGAAAAUGGUCAAGAAGAUCGAGUAGACGUUAGUGUAGCUGCUCUCAAAUUCGAUAUCAAUGUUUUGCGCACCGUUUGGCAUGCCGCUGAAAUGCAAGCUAAUGACAAGGAUCAGAUAGCAAGAGUGAUUGACCAGAAUCGAUCCACAUUCAUCUCAAACGUCAAGUCUGGGUGGCUUUCUUCUUUACAUCAAAAUCCUACGGGUGAUGACUGGGAAUACUUGCAGCCGGAGCUGGAGCGCAGCCGAAGUAAUGUGGAUUAUCAGAAUAACGCAGAAAUUUUAGGGCAACAAAUGACUGCGCAGCUCACUUCGUUUGCCGCUGCCAUCGCUGCUGGAGUAGUAGUGCGAACUAUAUGUGCUCCACUAGAGCGAUUACGGAUAUUAAUGCAGCUGACAACUCCAAAGCUGACGUCAACCUCAGCGACUGUAAAGCUUCCUUCAGCCACGCCGCCAUACACGUCCGUCACGAAAGGAAUCGUUAAUAUGAUGACACUCAGUGGACCGCGUAGCUUGUUCAGCGGUAAUGUUGCUCACUGUCUUUGGGUUGUGCCUUGUGUCCCCAUCAAAUUCGCUCUAGGGCACGUCUACCACGAGCACCUGAUGCGCUCGGCUUUUCAAUCUUCGUCAUUGUUUGGUGACAAGUCUCGUGUUUCAGCAAGCUUGACCACUUUCGUUAUGGGAGGAUUCGCUGGUCUGACACUCAACUGCUUGCUGUACCCGCUCGACGUCAUACGCGGACGGCUGACGGCUCAAGAGUAUUACAAUGCAAAUCGUCCUUACACUGGUAUUCUGCACUGCGCUCGCUCUAUUCGUGAUCAUGAGGGACUGCGCGGAUUUUAUCGAGGAUUCGGACCUGCGAGUCUUGGUGUCUUCACAUACAUUGGUUGCAAUUAUGCUCUGUACGAGUCUUUGCGGCCAGUAUUUGUACACUACGACGUUGAAGACACAAGCAUUCAACUUGGUCACCCUAGUGUACCGGGCCAAAUUUUGUGUGCCACAACAGCUUCGCUUGUGUCGCAGUGCAUAUCGUAUCCCUUUGAUGUCAUUCGACGGCGCAUUCAAUUGCAGGGCACAAAGUGGCAUCCAGAACUUGCGUUUUCAUCGUAUAAAGGUGCUUGGCAUUGUGUACGAGCGUCGGUGGUCGAUGAAGGUGGUGCUUUGCGAGGAAUGCGCUCACUGUACCGUGGGUUUGUUAUCAAUGUUGUCAAGGCAUUACCAUCUACUGUGAUUUCGUUCCUCAGCUACGAAAAACUGCGCACAGUGGACAGCAAUUGCAAAUAA